AUGCCGGGCGAGGAGAACAAGGAGUUCGACGACGAAUUGGUCGACUACGAGGAGGAAGAGGAGACGACGACGGAUGCCUCCAAGGCCGCCGCUGAAGGCAAAGACGCCAAGAAAGAGCGACGCCUAGGGAGAAGACGGCGCUUUCUCGCUCGCCUGCCUGCGUGCGGAGGACCUCUUGAGAGGCCGACUAUGCCGGGCCAUUACGUCGGAAUCCACAGUUCCGGUUUCCGUGACUUUAUUUUGAAGCCUGAGUGCCUGCGCGCCGUCGUGGACUGCGGUUUUGAGCACCCUUCGGAAGUCCAGCACGAGUGCAUCCCCCAGGCCGUGCUCGGCAUGGACAUCAUUUGCCAGGCCAAGUCGGGUAUGGGCAAGACUGCUGUCUUCGUGCUUGCUACUCUGCACCAGAUCGAGCCUGUCGACGGCCAGAUCAGCGUCGUGGUCAUGUGCCACACCCGUGAACUGGCAUUCCAGAUCGCCCACGAGUACGAGCGAUUCAGCAAGUACCUGGUGGACGUCAAGACCGGCGUAUUCUACGGCGGUGUGCCUAUUUCGCAGAACCGCGAGGCUCUGAAGAACAACCCGCCCCACAUCCUUGUGGGCACUCCCGGUCGUAUCCUCGGUCUGCUUCGUGAGAAGACCCUGAAGCUGGACAAGGUGAAACACUUUGUCAUGGACGAAUGUGACAAGAUGCUUGAGGCCAUCGACAUGCGUCGCGACAUCCAGGAGAUCUUCAAGGCCACCCCUCACGACAAGCAGGUGAUGAUGUUCUCGGCUACCCUGAGCAAGGAGAUCCGCCCUGUGUGCCGCAAGUUCUGUCAGGACCCGAUGGAGAUCUACGUUGACGACGAGACGAAGUUGACGCUUCACGGCCUGCAGCAGUACUACAUCAAGCUCGAGGAGUCGGAGAAGAAUCGCAAGCUGAACGACCUGCUGGAUGCGCUUGAGUUUAACCAGGUAGUGAUCUUCGUAUCCAAGAAGAACCGUGGACGCGAGCUCAACCGCCUGCUGAACGAGUGCAACUUCCCGUCGAUCUGUAUCACGGCUGACCUAUCUCAGGAGGAACGUAUCAAGCGCUACAAGAGCUUCAAGGACUUCCAGAAGCGUAUCCUGGUAACUACGGACUUGUUUGGUCGUGGUAUGGAUAUCGAGCGUGUCAACAUCGUCGUGAACUACGACUUCCCGAACGACAGCGACCAGUACCUCCACCGUGUGGGCCGUGCCGGUCGUUUCGGUACCAAGGGUCUGUCGAUUAGUUUCAUCUCGUCGGAGGAGGACACGGAGAUGCUGGCCAAGGUGCAGUCGCGUUUCGAGGUAAACAUCCCGGAGCUUCCCGACCAAAUCGAUAUCUCCACGUACAUGAGCACUUAG